AGAGAAGCGAAUAUGAUAGGGUCUCACUUCAAAGGAAUUGCUUCCAAGGCGUGACAAGAAACCUCAGAGCUAUUCCUCUGUCUGGGGUCCAUUCACAAUUACACAUAUUCAUUCUUUCAUUCCUGCUUUCAUUCUAAUGUUCCUUCUAUAGACAUCCUUAAUUUCAUGUUCUUCUUCUUCAACCUUUUCUUCUGCCAUCAAUCAAUCAUCCUUUUCUUGGUUGCUUUCUUCGUCUCAUGUGCUGGUGUCUCCAUACACACAUAUAGAUACGGGUAACUCUCUUUUAUCUCUCUUUCUCUCUCUGCUGAGGUAAUUCGUGAAAUCCGUGCCCGCUUCUCCCUUUUGCCAAAGUUUGGAAAUUUUCUCUUAUAUUGUGCCUCUGCCCUGCUUGCGACCGAAGCUUUCCAAUUUCCUCUUCUGGGUCCUUCGCUUUUUGGGUCUGGGAAUGGCUAAUUGGAGAAAACAACAAGGUGAGAGUCAUCAUCAAGUGGCUCACUUGCGAUCCUAUUCCAACAGCAGAAAGCCUCCUUUGGACAAUUACCAUUCAAACAUGCCUGCCUGGGAAAAGAAAUUUUGUUCUUCAAUUGGCUCAGUUCCAUGGCGAAAGAUUGUAGAAACCAAGCAAUAUAUGCAUCUGUUUGAUAAUGUGGUGAACUGGGAUGACUCUGCUGGCAAGGAAGCAUUUGAAAAUGCAAAAAGGAAGUAUUGGGCUGACAUCAACGGCAUUCCCUGCACCGUAUCGUUGCCUGAUCCAGACAUUUACAUCGAUAAUGUAGAUUGGAAUGCAAUUGUUGACCCUGAACUUAUUCUGGAUUUGGAAAGAGAAGCAUUAAGAGUCCCUUGUAAGGGAGUGGUAAGAAAUGAUCAAGAUGUUGUGAUUAUUGGUGGUGCUCUAUACUUAAAUGAUCAGAAGCUUCCAUGUACUGGAUGGGGGGACGAUGAAGAGGAACAGCCAAAACCUUCUGCUCCAACUACUGCUAUCACAUGCUGGGGGACAAACCUGCAUGAAAACAUUGAAGUAGAAUCUGGACAACAGGAUCAUGCCGACCCUGCAAAAGAAGUCGAAUUGCAGGGUUGGAAGAAUGAUUCUUGGGGGUGGAAUCAUAGGGAAAACUAUGGUGGUGGUGACAUGAACAAAAUGGGAAGAGGAAGAAACGGUGGUGGAUAUGGCAAUUGGGGAACAUGUGAUGGCCAUUACAGAAGGAGAGAAAACAAUGCUUGGUCUAAAACCCCUCAUGCAUAUAAUGGUAACAAUAAUGAGAAUAAUGUGAAUAGGGGAAGAAGAAACUAUAGAGGUGGAGGAGGAAGAAAGGGUAAUUUGAUUUAUGUGCCUAAGGAGGUUCUUCCUACACCUGCUGCAUGGUAAAAAGAAUACAAAACAAAGGCUAAGUGUCAAAGACCUUAGACUGAGACUGCAAUGACUUUGAUGAAACUUCUAGGAGGUUAGUUUUGUGAAGGUGGCUAAAGAUAUAAAUUUUGUUAUGUUAGUAAAACAUGUAAGAUAAAGUAGCUUAUAAGAAGACAAGACAUCAUUUUAUAUUUGAAUACAUUUGUAUGGAAGGCCUAUGGUAUAUUUUGGAGUUUAUAGUGUAAGUAUAGUUGUCCCUUAUGUGGUGAUAGGUUUAUUAUGUAUAUGCUGAGAAAGUUUGCAUAGAUGAAGCAAAAUCUUUUAUUCUUGUCUC